AUAACAAUCAGGUUAGGGUUUUUAUCGGCAGCAGACAAGAGCACUAUAAAAUCUGCCACCGUCCCGCCUCCGUUGCGACUCCAGUUCUCUGUAAGCGAGGCGGCUUAGGAGUUUGGUCUUUUUGGGAGAACCAGCCAUGGUUCACGUUAGCUUUUACAGGAACUACGGGAAGACUUUCAAGAAGCCCCGUCGUCCGUACGAGAAGGAACGGCUGGACGCGGAGCUUAAGCUGGUCGGGGAGUAUGGGUUAAGGUGCAAAAGGGAGCUGUGGAGGGUUCAGUAUGCGCUGAGCCGGAUCCGUAAUGCAGCGAGGGAGCUCCUGACACUUGAUGAGAAGAACUCUAAGCGAAUUUUUGAGGGUGAGGCUCUUCUUCGCCGGAUGUUUAGAUACGGGCUGCUGGAGGAGGGUCAGAACAAGCUCGACUACGUCUUGGCCUUGACUGUGGAGAACUUUCUGGAGCGCAGGCUGCAAACCCAGGUCUUUAAGUCUGGAAUGGCCAAGUCGAUUCACCAUGCUAGGGUCCUCAUCAGGCAGCGCCAUAUUCGGGUGGGUAGACAAGUUGUGAAUAUUCCAUCUUUCAUGGUGAGGGUGGAUUCAGCUAAGCACAUCGAUUUUUCACUCACCAGUCCCUUUGGUGGUGGCCGCCCUGGAAGAGUCAAGCGGAAGAACCAGAGGGCUGCAGCCAAGAAGGCAGCUGGAGGUGAUGGGGAUGAGGAAGAUGAAGAUUAAUCUCUUCCAUUUUUCUCUUUUUUUUUAUUAACCAAUGGACGAGAUACCAUUACUUUUUUAAGAAAUUAAACUUGAAUUUAUUAAGCGUUUUUGCAAUCUGUUUUCGUUU